AUGGCAUAUCCUCGGACCUGCUCUGUACGUGGUCUCUGUGGUAUGAAUGGAAUAUGUGUGUAUACACCUAGGCCAGCUUGUGCAUGUGCCCCUGGACAUGAGAUCAUUGACCAAAGGGACCGGAGCAAAGGUUGCAGGCCAAAAUUCAAUCUCAGUUGUGAUGGGCAGGAGAUGUUUGUGAAGCUACACAACACCGACUUCCGAGGUAAUGAUCAAAGUAGCAGUACAUCAGUUUCAUUCCAUACAUGCAGGAAGAUAUGCUUGAACAACUGCAAUUGCAAAGGUUUCUCAUACUGGCAGGGAAGUGGAAGUUGCUAUCCAAAGUCAUCCCUUGUUGGUGGUGUAACCAGCCCGGGUUUGGGUCGUUCUAUCUAUCUCAAGCUUCCCAAGACAUUACAGGUCUCAGAGUCCUCAAUUCCUCACUCACAACCUUUUGGUCAUAGAUAUGCUCCUAACUGUAGUGCAAAGAACAAAAUUUUCACUACAGAUUUUCUGGAUCAACCUAAGAGCAGUCAGAGUGGAUCACACCCACAGUACUUGUACUUGUAUGUAUUCUUGUCAGCGAUAUUUUGUGUAGAGGUAAUAUUAGUAGCAUUCGGAUGCUGGUUUGUGCUGAGAAAGGAGGGCAAGCAGUUAACAGGAGUAUGGCCAGCUGAGGUUGGCUAUGAAAUGAUAACUAACCAUUUCCGCAGAUACACUUACAAGGAGUUGCAGAGGGCAACUCGAAAGUUCAAGGACCAGAUUGGAUGCGGGGCAUCUGGUAUUGUAUACAAGGGGGUCUUGAAAGACAAGAGGGUAGUAGCGGUGAAAAGGUUGGCAGACAUAAACCAAGGCGAAGAAGAAUUCCAGCAUGAACUGAGUGUGAUUGGAAAGAUUUACCAUAUGAAUCUGGUGAGGGUUUGGGGGUUCUGUUCUGAUGGUCCACACAGGAUAUUGGUCUUAGAGUACGUUGAGAAUGCUUCGUUGGAUAAAACCCUGUUUAGUAGCAAGGCCCCACAGAUCUUACUCGAAUGGAACCAAAGAUUUAAGGUUGCCCUAGGGGUGGCAAAAGGAUUGGCCUAUCUUCAUCAUGAGUGCUUGGAAUGGGUUAUCCAUUGUGACCUGAAGCCUGAGAAUAUACUGUUGGAUGAAAACUUGGAGCCAAAGAUCACCGACUUUGGCCUUGCAAAACUUGUGAACAGAGGUGGAUCCAAUAAAAAUGUAUCGAGGGUCCGUGGAACUAGAGGUUACAUAGCUCCUGAGUGGGUUUCUGGCCAUCCAAUAACAGCAAAGGUAGAUGUCUACAGCUUCGGAGUGGUUCUCCUAGAACUACUCAAGGGGGCUCGUGUUUCGGACUGGGCAUCAAAUGCCGACGAGGAAGUGGAGACAGUCCUUGGAAGGGUUGUUAGGAUGCUUACAGAAAAUCUGAUGCUGGAGCUGGAGGGCAGCCAACAGUUAUGGGUGGCUGACUUCAUUGACUUGAGGUUGAACAGCCAGUUCGAUAACUUGCAAGCAAGAAUGAUGGUCAAGCUGGCUGUUUCAUGCGUGGAAGAAGAUGGUAGAAAAAGGCCCACCAUGGAAAAUGUUGUGCAGAUGCUUCUUUCGGUUGCUUGA